AUGAACACAUUGAAAAUAGGUUCCUACAACGUGGUAGUAGGAAGCAAGAUCAGCGAAGGAGGAUUUGCCAAUGUUUACAGAGCAAAAUGAGUAAGCACAGGCGAAGCAUUCGCUCUCAAGAAGAUCUUCCUUCGUGACAAGGAAGUCGAAAUUCAAAUGAAGAAAGAAGUCAGCAUAUGGAGGAAAGUAACUGGGCAUCCCAAUAUUGUCAAGUUUUAUGACGCUACAAUGAUUGAUAGAGGCACUGAUAAGUACCUGUUGAUCCUUUCUGAGCUCUGCCCAGAUGGCCACCUUCUUGACCUCCUGGAAAGAUACGAGGGAAAGUUGAGUGAAGAAAAAAUUAUCCAGGUAAUGAAGCAGGUCAUUCAUGGAAUUUUACACAUGCAUGAGCAGAGUGCUCCGAUUGCACACAGAGAUAUCAAGGUUGAAAAUAUUUUAAUGAAGAGUACUAAGAUAAAAUUAUGUGAUUUCGGAUCAGCCAGCGCUGAAUAUCUAGAUCCUAAGUAUUGAAAUCAAGACGAACUGGAUGAUGCUUUUGAAACUUAUGAGAAAUAUACCACCUUUAUGUACCGACCUCCAGAGAUGUUGGACAAGUUCUCAAAUUGGGAGAUUGGAACAAAAGUAGAUUGAUGGAUGCUUGGAUGCGUUUUGUAUGCUCUAUGAUAUUUUACCCACCCAUUUCAGGACGCUCAAAAGCUAGCAAUUAUAAAUGCCCACUAUUUCUUCCCUCAUGACAGAGAGAGUUCAAGAAGGAUUAGUGAGAAAAUGAGAGAUCUUAUCUGGAAUAUCUUGACUCCAAAUCCGCAUAAAAGGCCCUCGAUGGGAGAGAUCCAAGAAAUCUUGGAAGAUUGGGAUAGAAUAGAUCAAAUAACUCUUAACAGCGAUGCUAGGAAAAUAAAAGCAGAAUAUCUUCGGAAAAUGAAAGGUGUUACUAAGACAGGAAAAUCUGCUGUUCCUCGUAUUGGAGAUUUGUCAAAUGACGACAUCGUCAAACUCCAAGCGAAAAUCAGAAAGGAAAAAGAUCAAAAGAAAAGCAAGGUGCUUGUACCUUUCCAUCAAGAUUACUCUUCUAAGAUGAAGAAAGAGUUGUAUAAUAAACCAAGCAAAAAUCCAGCUGCAUCUGUAAAACAGACUCAGAAGAAUAAGAAGGCAACGAAUGAAAAUAAGCCAAAGCAGUCUACUUUUUGGGAUGGUUUUGAAUCCCAUAAAGAAUCACAACCUGACAAAAAGAUAGACAGGCAGCCUCCUGCAAAGCAGUCUCCAAAGGAUGACUUUGCAUGGGACUUUGAUCAGCCAAAUAAAUCUUCAAAGAAAUCAGGAGAUUUCUUUGAAGAUUUCGAAGAGCCUAAGCAACACAGCAAGAAUGACUUUGAUUUUGACUUUGGAAGCUCUCCAAAGAAGAAGGAAAGUCAAGAUGACUGGUUUGAAGAUUUUUCUCCAGAGAAAGAAACUCAAAAGCUUGAUUCUUUCUUUGAUUUUGACGAAUCAGACCAAACCAAUGAGCCUUCUGCUUGACAGGAGGAGCAGAAGGCUCCUCCUGUCAAGCAGAAGAAGCAGGAUGCUUUUGAUUUGCUAGACAUGGGUCAAAAGAAACAAGAAGUUCCUGACUUAUUUGAUGAAGAUAAUUCUAACAAAGAUGUUAAGGCGGAAGAUACCACAGAUUUAUUUGAUAAUUCUCAACCAGCUAAGAAAGCAGAUGAUUUUGAUAUUUUUGGAGAUGAAGCUUCAAAAGACAAAAAGACGAAAGAGCCAGAUAUCGAUAUUUUUAAUGAUGAGUUUGGAGAAAAGAAAGAUAAUCAACCUCUUCAGUCAGAUUUUGACCUUUUUGGGGACCAUGAUGGGAGAGAUGAAAAUAAACCAGAAAAAGAUGACAUGGACUUCUUUGAGAAUUUUGGAGCCAAAGAGAUCAGUAAUGAUGAUUUUUUAAUUGGAGAAAAACCAGCAGAAAGCGCAGAAGAAAAGCUCCUAUUUGGAGAAGAAGAAAAGGAAGAGUUUGAUGAAGGUUAUUACACUUCACUUUUUACAGAAUCCGCUCCUCAAAAACCAAGAGUUGAAGCCCCUGGAAUUAACCUUUCAUCAUUAUACAAAGCAACAAGCUCUCCGUCAGAACCCUCAGGGCCACCUCCAGCUCCAAAACCUGUUGAAAAAUUCAUCCCAGAGGUUGCAAAGCAAGGAAGAUCUUUCUGGGACUCUACUCCACCUCAAAACCCUCAAUACUACCCAAAUACGACACAAACUUCUUCCAGCUCUUCUCAGUACAAGCCUCAGCCUCCAAUUGAGAACCUUUAUGCUCCUUCAGCAACAUCAAUCUUCACAAAUUCUAAUCCAAAGCCACCACAGACAUCGGGUAGGCAACAGAGUUACUUUGAAUCACGCCAACAAGCUGAGAAGGAAGAGCCCACUUCCUUCUUCUCAAAGCUUAAAAUAAGUAAUUUGCUCUCAAAAUUUGCUUAA